CGAAGGAAUGUUUGACCCACCGCAGCUUUCUUAGCAUGAGCAUCGCUGUACCGCCGGGUUUUCAGAAUGUGCUCCAUGCGCCCUCGAUUUGGGUUUCAUGAUUGCUUCCAGUACAGGCAGCAAGCAACUUGUUUCGAGUCGGGCCUGUAGGUCUGGGGAGACCGGCACGUGCUUGCAAUACUUGUGAGGUUAGCGACCGUCGAGCCAAACGACAUCGUCGUGAGGACUAGACGGGCUCUCUCGAUGGUUUACAUAUCGUAUUUACUCGGGUGGAAUUCAGGAGCCUUGGCUUCUCUCUCGAUGAGCCAGUUCAUGAUUCGACUUGGAGUUUGACGACUUCCGAUUUCGUCCUGAGCUGUGUUUGAGAGGAUUGGUGGGAAAUUUAAAACCUAGGAACGCAGUCCAGAUAGACCGAGCUCAGAUAUCAAGGAAAUCUUUCCUGCGUUUCGGGAUUCCAAACACCGAUCUUCGGCUCGUAGUUUGAACGCGACUGCGCAUUUUCGAUUGCCGGGUGACAAUAUUUCAUGCUCAUAAAGUGGAGAUCCUGAGAGUGGAUUAUUCGAUUACCGGACUUGAGGGUGGUAGAAUCCAUCCCAAUCUUCUGGAGUCCAGAGGUUUUGACGUUUGUCGUAAUGUCGGCCCGAAUGGUACAACGAGCUCUGAGGAACCACGAUGUUGGAUCUUCUGCACUGACGGAUUUAGGCCGCAGUGAGUCAGAUGACGAUCAUGCCCAAGAAUCCUCCGUAACAAAUCGUUUUGAUCUCUUAGGGUUACAGGAAGAUGGUGAGGAUGAUAACGAAGACGAGAAGACUGAGAGGCAAUCAGACCAACAAAGCGUUGCAGGAUCUGCUUCCACUUCAGCAUCAUCAUCCGUUAAAGCAAAGAGAAAGAAAAACAAGGGUAAGAAGAAGGGCAAACAGCAGCAGCAGCAGCAGCAGCAAGCAUCUUCAGAGGAGAAAUCUCACGGUGUUGAUGAGGAGUCAGUGGAUCAGGUUUUGAGUAGACUUGCAGACAGAAAUGAUGAAGCUUCAUCCUCGACGCUGGGUAACGAUUCAGAAUGGUCAUUUUUACACGCUACGAACGCAUAUGAUAAACACUUAGGAGUGAAUACCAAACACCUGAGGGCUGAAGAUGAACUCCGGCGCAUUUUUGGGUCUAAAGUUAUAAAUUCUGUGGAAUCGGGAAUGCAAAGGCGGAGGCAAUCUGUUUCCAGGCGUUCAGGCAGAGGUAUGCCUUUGAGGAAAAGCUUGUUGGUGGUUCCCAUGGGGCAUUGGGCUCGCUGGGAUGGUGGAAUGUCCAUGGAGUGUACCGAAAUUAAAGAUGGCCAUCAAUACUUCAGCUACAAAUAUUCGUCAUCAUAUGCUGAAGUGCAAAAAAAAUUCGAGGUCUGUGUACGAUCUCAUAACCCAAAUACUAUAAUCGCCCUUCUUCGCAACCAUCCUUAUCACGUGGACUCCUUACUAGCGUUGGCAGAGGUCUACAAGCAUAUGGGGGAAUAUCAACAAGCAGCAGAAUUACUGGAACAGUGUCUUUACGCCCUCGAAUGCGCAUGGCACCCGUACUUCAAUCCUUCUUUAGGAACUCAUAGGCUGGAUUAUAAAGUUGAUUCCAACAAGGCUCUGUUUCUGGCAUUAUUCCGUCAUAUGCAGCAUUUGGGGAAGCGAGGUUGUCACUGCACCGCUCUGGAAAUAUGUAAACUUCUUCUCUCUCUUGAUAGCACGGAUCCGUGUGGUGCUCUAUUUUGUAUAGAUUUCUUUGCCUUGCGUGCCGAGCAGUAUCAAUGGCUAGUGCAGUUUGUUGAGUAUAGUAGUGAUAAAACCAUCCCCUUCCUUCCAAAUUUUUCAUACUCUUUGGCCAUUGCCUGGUUCCGCAUGGAAGAAAGCAGCCCAGAGAAUAGAACGCAAAAUUCUGGCACCUUGAAAGAAGAAAGUAGAGAAAGCAAAUCGAAGGCAUUUAAGCUCCUGCAACAAGCACUUGCGAUACAUCCAACGGUCUUGAAGAAAAUUAUUGACAAAGUACCCAUCAAGGGAGAUGCUGGAUGGACUGAUAUUCUCAACCAUCCUCAUUUUCUCAAGGCCAGCGAAGGAGGACCCACUUUGGAACACCUCAUCAGUAUAUAUGUUGAGCGAAGUUAUUUGCUCUGGAGGGCACCUGAUCUCCAAGCUUGGCUGAAGGACGCUGCAGCAUCGUUAACAAAACUUGCAGACAAAAAGAGUCCUGAAAUGGCAAAGUGGGAGUCUGUUAGAGAAAAAGUUUCCCAAUCAAACGAUAAUCAGUAUCAACACCUGCAGGUUUCUGAAUUUUCAGACUCCACCUCAACUCUCCCUCCAGAAGAGAUUCCACAAAUGAUGUUUCCACCAGGCUUUGAGCAAGGACUCCUCGCGGAAGAUUUUCUUGAAGUCGGUGGACCACUUGAACUUCCACCACUACAAGAUGGCCGGGACAUUCCCCAGGCUAUUGAACAUGCUGCUUCCCAGGGUCGCAAUGCCUUGUUGCAGUUCCUACAGUCUUUGGUUCCGUGGAUGGAACGGGGAGCUGGAGGUAUUGAUGAAGGUGCUCCUAUACUGCUCGACGAUAGUAGUGACAACAAUGACUCAACGACAGGAGAGUUUGGAGAUGAGAGUCCGAUGUAACAAAGUUUCCUGCUUUAUCAAAUUUCAGAAUGCGUUUGAUCUGAUUUUUUCGUCCACCUAUGUGUUUACAUCGCAUUAUAUUG